AAACAUAAAAAAACAGUGCUUCCCACACGUUAAUCGCCAAACGUCGUAGCACAUAGGCAAAGGUUCCUCAGACGAACCGAACUCACCGUAACACCAAAUACCACCGUUAAUCUAAAGCCACCGAGCCCCAGCCACCGCCACGCGCAUCAUGGACUCCAUCGCCGGAGCUCCGCCUCACACAGCAACCCCUCCGUCGUCUCGGCCGUCGCCGUUUCCCGGCCGGGAAGACUGCUGGUCGGAGGAAGCCACGUUCACGCUCAUCGAGGCAUGGGGCGAGCGCCACCUCGAACUCAACCGCGGGAACCUCCGCCAGAGGCACUGGCAGGAGGUCGCCGACACCGUCAACGCACGUCACGGCCACGCCGGCGCCAGGGCCCGCCGCACCGACGUGCAGUGCAAGAACCGCAUCGACACGCUCAAGAAGAAGUACAAGAUCGAGAAGGCUAGGGUUUCCGAUUCCGGCGAUUCCGCCACCGCCUGGCCGUUCUUCCGCCGCCUCGAGUUCCUCAUCGGCGACAAUUUCCCGGCGAAGAAGCCCUCCCCGCCGGAGUCAGGCUCCGCCGAUCGACGGAGCACUCCUCCGGCGAAGUCCCCGGCGUGGGCCCUCAUUCCGGUGGGUCCUCGAUCCCGCUCCCAGAAGCGGCCGACGCCGGCGGCGCCAGCGGCAGAGAGCGUUGCCGACUCAUACUUCCGGCGGAAUUUCUCGGUUUUUGCGGCGGCGGCGGCGGCCGCCGCGGAGGCUGAUAGCGAUAAUUCGAACGGUUCCAAAUGGAGCAGUGGGAGUGAGAAGAGAGAGAAGAAGAAAAGAGGAAGGGAUUGGGAAUUUGGUUACAGAGAGGUUGCAGAAGCGUUGGAGAGGUUUGGGGAGAUUUAUGAGAGAGUUGAAGAAGCUAAACAGAGGCAAAUGGUUGAGUUGGAGAAACAGAGAAUGCAGUUUGCUAAGGAUUUGGAAACCCAGAGAAUGAAACUCUUCAUGGAAACUCAGCUUCACUUGCAAAAAAUGAAUCGCUCCAACUCCAAGCGUUCUUCUGCAACUGACAGUGUCUCAUAGCAAACGGUGAUGGAGACUCUGAUCCAGAACAACAGAAACACAUUACCAUUGGACAUGGAAGCAUCUUUAGCCUUUUUAUUUUUUUAAUGAAAAAGGAAUUUAGGAAAGGUAUUUUUACAGUAAGGUUUUAAUUUGGUCGUGUUCUAGAAUCUUAGUAGUCCAAAACUAUCUUUAUGUGCAGUAAAUUUACUUUAUCUGUCUUCUUCCAGCAUUUCAACAAAAAUGAACAAAGGGGCUGUGAAUAUUCAAUUGGAACUUUAGUUAACCAGUGUGUUUCUCCAAAAAA